CAUGGCCGAUUCGGCGGGAGAGAAGAAUGUGGCUUCCGAAUCAAAAGCUGAGGAAACCCAGAAGUCAGGAGAGCAGGCCAUGGAAGUUGUCAGUAGUGAAAAUGAAGCCAGUAAAGUCCCAAAACCCAGCGCAGGAGGAGACACAAGUACUGAACAAAUAGAUGAAGUCAAAACGAGAGAGGCUAUCGAUCGUGAAACUGGAACAAAAUCCGUGAGCCAUGCAGAUAACAGUGGCAAUGCUGCAAUCCCACACACAUCUCAACCAGAGAUCAAGGGAGAUAAUGCUGUACAAACUGAAGCGGUACAGAAAGCUAUGGUGGGAGAAACCAAAUCCAAUGAGCUGACCUCCAAUCAGAGUGCGGUGUCUGCUGUUGUUGCUCGCCAAGAACAAGUCAUGCAGGUGGAUGAAGCCUCACAGGAAUCCACUGAUACUCAGGACAGUAACUCGGAAAAUUGUUAUUGUGGGAAAGGACGGAACCUUGGAACUGUGGAGCUACAAUGUGCAGUGUGUCUUAGAUGGUACCAUAAUGAAUGCAUCAACUGUUAUGUUGGGACAUGUAUGCCCUAUAUGACAAACUAUCAGUUUGGGUGCAAACGUUGCAAUGCUACUAAAGUGGAGAGUUUCACAAGAAGAACAGCAACCUUCAGUCAGAUGUGUCUGACAGCAGUAGCAAACCUGGCCCAUCAACACCCUAACACUGUGAUGUUCUCCAAAGACAAGGACAUCAUACCUUACAUUGACAAGCAUUGGGAGAACUUGACGUCCAUGCCUCGCAGGGUAAAACUCACGUGGCACAACACAGUAUUGAAAACAAUGACCAAAGAAAGUGAAAUAUUUGUCAGCAAAGAGGAGGCCAAUGGAGAUUAUUCAUUUAGUUUAUUAAACCCAGAUCUGACAAGGAUAGGGCCUGGAUUGGAAGCACUCAAAGCUGUGGCUCUGGCAAGUCGGAACUCUGAUAUCAAGGCUCCAUCAUAUGUAGACUCAAAAAGCAGCAGAAGUACAAAGAGAAGAUUUCCGGUAGAUUAUCAGCAGCUCCAGGGGUCACGGGCAAAAAGAAGUGAACUGGGAGCGACCACUAAGAUGGCUCCUCAUGGAUACCCAUUGGAACACCCGUUCAACAAGGAUGGUUACCGCUACAUUCUGGCAGAGCCCGAUCCCCAUGCGCCCAACAGACAGGCGUUUGACGAGAGUCUAGAUUGGGCAGGCAAGCCUAUCCCAGGCUACCUCUACAGAACAUUCCUUGGCUCAGAGGUUUUACUGGCUCUCCAUGACAGAGCUCCCCAGUUGAAGAUUGGUGAUGACAGAUUGACUGUGACAGGCGAUAAGGGCUACAGUAUGAUCCGGGCAACCCAUGGCGUUCGCUGUGGAGCCUGGUAUUUUGAGGUCAUCAUUGAUGACAUGCCAGCUGAAACGGGUACUCGGAUUGGCUGGUCACAACCUCUGGGUAACCUUCAGGCCCCUUGUGGUUAUGACAAGUUCAGCUAUUCCUGGAGGUCAAAGAAAGGCACGCGAUUUCACCAGAGUCGUGGUAAACAUUACACAGAGGAUGGUUACAGUACAGGGGACGUGCUAGGGUUUUACAUCUACCUCCCGGACCCAGAUGAUCCUGGCAGACUUCUCCCUCCAAACUAUAAGGAUAAGCCUUUGGUCAAGUUCAAAAGUCAUUUGUAUUAUGAAGAGAAAGAUUAUGUGUCAGAAACAGAGAAAAACCUCAAGCCUGCACCUGGUAGCAAGAUUGUCACAUUCCGCAAUGGACAAGCACAGCCUGUAGCCUUUGAGGAUAUAUUUGAGGGAGUAUACUACCCUGCUGUCUCUUUGUAUAAAAAUGCUUCGGUGACCAUAAAUUUUGGACCAGUGUUUAAGCACCCUCCUGAAAUGCCUAAAGAUUUGCAGAGUUACAAGCCAAUGUCUGAAGCUGCAUCCCAGGCCAUCAUUGAGCACUGCUUGUCUGAUGUGAUCUACCAUGUGGAGAAUGAGGGGAAACAGCCAGAAUUUUGAUGUCCUGCACAGUCCAGAAGAUGGAGCAGUCAGAGUAGCCCUUACCCCUAAUUACCCCAUUAGUUGGGUCCAGUGGAAACAGUAUUCAUGCUUCCACUGCAACUACAUGUACAAGUUUCUCUGGUGGAUUAAAUAAUGCUUUUUGGACUCCAUUGUGAUGGAUACGGGACAGUGUUUUGUGGGAUAUUCGUACUUUGAGAUGUCAGUCAAAUAUGGUUAAACAGUUAGAAUGGUACUGGAGCAAUCGCAGUGUUGUCUGUCGCCUCUCCACUCAUUACUGUGAACUUAGAAAUUGGUCUCUCAAAAUAUAAAGACGUGGAUGAUGUGAUAUUGUGUGUCUUGAGCAGAAAGUAAGAAAUAAUAAACAUGAGAAUUAAAAUUGAUUACGUUUCGUUGAAACUGAACAGUUGUGUCAGUUGUUAAGCAGGUGAGGUACAUACAUAUAUGUAUGGAUAUGAGAAACUAUCAGGCUUUAUACGGUGCACUACUUUCUUAUACUCUUACAGUGUGUCUGAACUGUUUGUAACAUUAAGAUGAGUUGAAAGGGCUCAUCUUCAUAAAUCUUGGAACAAUAUCGUUUUUGAAAGACAGUAGGAGAAACUGGAUGUAUGUUUUGUUCAAAUUGGCCGUAGCUUUCUUCCAUCUUGUCAUGGAAAUUGACUGUACCUAGUAUGACUGCUAUGACCAGGUGAUGCAAUAUCUCAUUUACUGUUACCAGUAACAUUCUACCAUUUGAUGUGGUAUACAAUCAUCAUGUGUCUGUACUAUUGUUUUACUAGCAUAUACGUGUAGUUGUCACAUCAUAAUUCAAUUUAUUUCAAUAUAUCAUGAUAUUUAAAAUUCAGUUCCAAGGAUAUCUCGUCAUUCGGGAGGAUAUUCAUGUGGAUUUAGAGCUUUAUAUACAAAUGCAAAAUGCUUUUGUAUCAUAUAUUUUAUAUUUUUACAAAGUAAUAAUAUAUAUGUACACAGGUACAUAUAUUGCCACAAAAAAAGGGCAAAACUCUCCUUGUCACUUCACAUUGUAAACACAAUGCAAGUACAACUGCUUUGCACAUGUUAAAUGAGCAUCUUCCUCGUUAACUGUUAUCAGACUUCAUGUUAAUAUGUGUUAAAUAUCUAACGUUGUUGUAAUGUGUUGUCCGACAUUGGGUUAUGUGUUAUCUGACAUUUUGAGUUUGUAUUAAAUAAUCAGUCUGCGUGAAGCACUGCAGUGGAAAGCUGUGCAAACUUCAUUUUGGAAUUAAUGUACUCGUGAUGUAAAAAAAAAAAAAAAAUGUGUGUGCAGUGAAAACCAGUAUAUAUACUAUGUGUGUAAAGAACAAUGUUGUGUUAACACAUACAUGUAGUAAUGUGUUCUUGUAGUUUAUUAUGCCAAGUGUGAAAUUAAAUCGAAAGAAAUGUUA